AUGGAGGAUAGGGUCCAAUUCGAUAUCAACGAGUCACUUAAAUAUUAUUUGAGUGACCCAACCUCGGUUCCAACCGCCGAUGCUGAACCCGAACUUUUGGAUUGCGAAGCCGAUCCGGAUCAAUUAUCAACUGCCUUGAUUGAUAACGUUCUUAAUACGAUUGUUGAUGCGGUAGCUGAGACCCCGGAAGGACUGGCCAGGCCAGCCUUCUUUGACUCUUUGCUAUUUCUCUUAAAAUACUCCUCUUUCUUACCCACAAAGUCCCUGAGCAAGCUUCUUGAUCUGGUAGUGUCUGGAUUAUCCGUCGAAGGGGAUAUUAUCUACGGAGACCUCGAGUCUGACGAGCCGGAUAGCAUUCAACAUCAUAAACAGCUACUGGAAAUGUAUGGGUUCUUACUACAAUGGGCGCUUUCUGCCGUGGAGGUUAAGGCGGCAGAGAAGCCCGCAGAUACUAUACCUGCUCGAAGAGGCUUAGGAAAGUCUGGCCGGUCGAAAGCCAGCGCCAAAGAUGGUAAUUGGGACUGGACAGCUCAGAUACAGAUCUCGAUGGAAACGAUGUGCAAGAUCAUGAAGCUCAAGCUGAGUAGGAUCUUCUUGACCACUUCAGACCGCGACACAUUCAUCAACUUAUUUACUCGUUCAAUUUAUCUCAUCCUCGAGAGUGAGCAGCGUGUGAAGAGCAUGGCCAUUCGCAUGCAUGCCUUCAAAGUCCUGUGUGUUGCUGUCAAACACCAUGGCCAUGCGUUCGGUGCUCAGACAUCUAUCGUUCAGAGCUUAACGUACUUUGAGCAUCUGUCCGAGCCAAUGGCCGAGUUUUUACAUAUCCUUGCUGAGCAAUACGACUAUCCCCAGCUUUCAGAUGAGAUACUGAAGGAGCUUGGAAAUAAGGAAUUCAACUCCAAUGACACACGUGGUCCGAAAUCGGUCUCAGCAUUUAUCGUCAAACUCUCCGAGCUUGCCCCCCGAUUGAUAAUAAAGCAAAUGACGCUCUUAGCUAAACAGCUUGAUAGCGAAUCCUAUACCCUUCGGUGUGCAGUUGUUGAGGUUUGCGGGAAUCUUAUCGGUGACCUCAGUCGACAGGAGGAGCGCAGUGACAACUACAAGACCCAGAUUAAUGCAUUCUUCGAUGUGCUCGAGGAACGUUUUUUGGAUAUCAACCCAUAUUGUCGGUGCCGUGCUAUUCAAGUUUAUAUGAGGAUCUGUGAUUUGGAUCAGAAGUUCCCCAAAAGACGGCAGGCGGUCGCCGAACUAGCGGCGAGGAGCCUGGAAGACAAGAGCAGCAACGUACGACGAAACGCAAUCAAAUUACUCUCAAAGUUGGUCUCUACUCACCCAUUCAGUGUCAUGCACGGUGGGCAACUCUCAUAUACAGAGUGGAUGGCUAGGCUUGAUGCCGUGGAUAUCGAACUGAAUGCUCUGCGACCCCCUGAGACGCCAGGUUUUGACGGUGGGGAGGCCUCGCAUGUUGAUAGUGAACUGUUAGAUGAUGCAACACAAAUACCAGAUGAAUCUCCGUCUAAAGCACCGCGCAUGACUGAGGAAGAGAAGGCCGCAGCGGUCAAAAAAGCUGCCGAACAAGCAGCAACCUCUGAAUUGCUCGCGCGGCUUCAGUUGACUCGAAAAUACUACAACGAAGCCAUUCGGUUUAUUGAGGUUCUCCACACCGCCUCUGGGGUCGUCUCACAGUUACUGUCGUCCCGAAAUAAAAGCGAGGCUAUAGAAGCCAUGGACUUUUUUGUGGUGCUCGAUGCAUACAAGGUGGAAACAUCUCGGAGCGGAAUUCGACGAAUGCUCCGACUUAUCUGGACAAAAGGCAACAGCGACGAAGGAAAAGGCGUGCAAACUCAUCUCAUUGACUGCUAUAGAGGUCUUUUCUUCGAAGCACCGGAUUCUUUUAGCCUCAACGACACGGCAAACUACGUUGCUCGGAACAUGAUUAGUCUGACAUUUGGUUCUACGCCCGCUGAGCUGACAUGUCUCGAGCAACUACUGAGUACCAUGAUGAAGGCCGGCCAUAUCUCGGACGCUGUCAUUGCCAAGCUAUGGCAGGUGUAUGGCGUUCAGAGGAAGGAGAUCUCGAAGACCCAACGUCGGGGUGCUAUCAUCGUCCUUGGAAUGCUUGCUCUAGCUGACCCCGAAGUAGUCAUCAAGGAGAUUGAGGUAAUGCUGCGAAUUGGCCUCGGAAGCUUGGGGAGAUCCGACCUUGUGCUUGCGAAAUAUACAUGUGUAGCGCUGAGACGAAUGGUCCCAGGCCGCCAAGCGAAGUCUAAGGAAGUCGGUAUUCCUAAAUUGACUAAUGACCAUGCCAUUCUGACUCAACUUGCGGCUACUGUUGAGAUCGUGUCCGAUAACAAGGAAUGGUAUGGGGUAGCAGAGCAAGCCAUUAGUGCGAUAUAUGCACUAUCUAAACACCCAGACGUUCUAUGCUCUGAUAUCCUCAAACGGAAGACUAGGUCUGUCUUCCACCAAAGCUCGUCUUCGAGAGGUACUGGCGAUGGGGACGAGCAACGCCCUGGGACAGCUUCAACCGAGAUUCAAAGCCCCCUAAAAUCUUCAUCCGCUGCGCUUUCUCAGUUGCUUUUUGUUGUUGGACAUAUUGCGAUUAAGCAAAUCGUACACCUCGAGCUUUGCGAACUUGACUUCAAGCGCCGCAAAGCGGAACAAGAGAAAAAUAAGACAUCCUUCACAGCACCCCAAAUGGGCAAAGACGUCACUGAAGAUGAUGAACUUGAUCUUAUUGGCGGGACAACAGAAGACGACUUCACAGAUGCUAUGGCACACAUCCGUGAACGAGAGCUGCUCUACGGGAAGAGCUCUCUCUUGUCCAAUUUUGGGCCGUUGGUUACAGAAAUCUGCGCCAACAGCAACACGUACUCUGACCGUAAUCUUCAGGCAGCAGCAACUUUGUGCAUGGCUAAAUUAAUGUGUGUUUCAGCCGAGUACUGCGAGAAAAACCUUCCCCUCCUGAUCACUGUUAUGGAACGUUCCGAAGACCCGAUCGUUCGCAGCAAUGCAGUAAUUACACUUGGCGAUAUGGCAGUGUGCUUCAACCAUCUUAUUGACGAGAAUACGGAUUUUCUAUACCGCAGACUCAAUGAUGAUGAUGUUUCUGUCAAACGCACUUGUCUCAUGACCCUGACGUUUCUUAUCUUGGCUGGCCAGGUCAAAGUCAAGGGACAAUUAGGCGAGAUGGCUAAAUGCUUGGAAGAUGACGACAAAAGGAUUGCUGAUCUGGCACGCAUGUUCUUCACAGAGCUUGCGAGCAAAGAUAAUGCAGUGUACAAUCACUUUGUUGAUAUGUUCAGUCUCUUGAGCGCAGAGCGGAACCUCGAAGAGGCUUCGUUGAGACGUAUCGUCAAGUUCCUGAUCGGGUUCGUUGAAAAGGAGAAACAUGCCCGACAGUUAGCAGACAAGCUCGCUGCCCGACUUCCGCGGUGUGAAACCGAGCGGCAAUGGAAUGAUGUGGCCUAUGCCUUGUCACUGCUGCCACAUAAGAAUGAAGAGAUAACUAAGACAGUGAGUGCAGGUUUCAACAAAAUAGUUACUGCAAAUGCUUAG